GAAGGAUUUGUUCCUAAACUGCUCCUUUUCCCUUGUAAUAAUUUCCUUCCCCUUGUUUCAGGUUACAAAGUCAAUGGCGGGGGUCGUGAAGUCUAUGGAUGCCACCUUGAAGAGCAUGAACUUGGAAAAGAUAUCUGCACUAAUGGACAAAUUUGAGCAUCAGUUUGAGACACUGGAUGUGCAGACACAACAGAUGGAAGACACAAUGAGCAACACUACGACAUUAACAACGCCACAAAACCAAGUGGACAUGCUCCUGCAGGAAAUGGCAGAUGAAGCAGGCCUUGAUCUGAACAUGGAACUACCUCAAGGACAGACAGGUUCAGUUGCUACAAGCGUGGCCUCAGCAGAGCAGGUAAGCGUUGGAUUUCCAGUGAGGUCAAUGUUUUCUGGAGAAAUGGGAUGUGAGAAUUAAUGCUUCAUUCAGUCA